GCGGCGGGAGAGCAGCAGCUGUGCUGGGCGGGCUGCCGCGAGCCGGGACGCGCGCGCGCCAUGAGCGAGAGACAAGGAACCGGAGCUACAAAUGGAAAAGACAAGACAUCUGGUGAGAAUGAUGGGCAGAAGAAGGUUCAAGAGGAAUUUGACAUAGACAUGGACGCGCCAGAGACAGAGCGCGCUGCUGUGGCGAUACAGUCCCAGUUCAGAAAAUUCCAGAAGAAAAAAGCGGGGUCCCAGUCUUAGUAGCUACCUCACAGCUUCAAACAAAGUAAUCCUGAAAUGGUUUAUCAAGAUAAUCGGAAAUAAUACAAAGAUGCAUGUACAGAAAUUAUCAAUAUUUAAAACCCCAUUGGCAGAUAACAAACCAUGAGCUUGUGUGUGACUUUAUCCCAGAUGUUUCGCACCCGUUAUCCUCUGUAACUCACCAUUUUACUUGAUGUUGUAAUAAAAAAGUUAGGGUGAAGUAAUUAAAGUGUCUGCCUUCAUCUGUCUUUUCAUAUUAAUCCAGCUAUCACAGCAGUACAAAUAAACCCAGCCCAGAUGCCUGUUUUCCUUUUCACGUAAAGCCUGGGGACAUAACAGCACCGUAUGUUACAAGGUUUUUGCUGAGAGAUGAGAGCAUGCAUCAGCCCUGCUUACCUCAUUUGGAGAAUUCCAGCUGCCAGCCAAAUGUGACAAUAAAAUUACUUUAUUUUAAUGAGCUGAAAGUUAAAAGUCGCAGACAGAAGCUGGCAGGAGGGGAAGAGGUGUAGAAAACAGUGAGCAGCUUGUUUUUGUCUUGCAGUUAUGCCAAUAAAGUGGCACAAGUGGGGAAAUUGUCCCUGUCCUUUCUCUUUGCAUGAUAACAUUCAGAAUUGCCCAGCUUGGACCACAUUGACUGUUAUGGGAAAAAAUACAAAGCCCAAUUCCAGAAACCUUUGGAAGGUGUACUUUUUUUCAUUAUUUGAAAAAAUAGAAGCUGGCCCUCUAAUUUUUUAUUCACUCUAUGCAUAAUCAGUAACUAUUUCUAUGUCAUGUCUCUCUUUUUAUAUUAUUUUCAGCAUUUCAUAGAAUCAUAGAAUCAUAGGGGUUGGAAGGGACCUCGAAAGAUCAUCUAGUCCAACCCCCCCGCCAGAGCAGGGUCUAACGAGCAAAUUGUAACAAAUUCCCUGUCUCUGUUUGCACUGUUCUGUAUUCAUGAGGAAGAUUCAAAAAAGGUUUAAAUAAGUAACUUGUAUUCAGAAAAAGGAGCUAUUUAGAUUGUGCAAGUGGGACACGAACUACAUAGAGACAUGUAAAAAAAAAUCUCAUCCUCUCCUUGGCUUCAUCAGCAGAUUUAGGUAUUCCAGUAAGCAUCUUCGUCUCUAGGGAAAUUAGAGCAUUUUCUGGAGGACUGGUGUUUGCAGUUGUUCUCCAGGAAGGCAGCAUGAGCCUCACUCACCUCCAGGCUGACAGAGGCAGGCAUGCUGAGUGAUGGCAGCCUGCCUGAACAGCCUGGAAUUGGGAAGGUGAGAGAGAUUGAGGUAGAAUACCCAGCUUUGCCUAAAGGCAUUAAUGUCUUCCUCUCCCACCUCUCAUGAAAGUAUUCUGAUCGCCAGGGCAAAGGACACAAAUAUCAUUAGUCCUCUACGAAAGCAGAAAGCAACAGCCAAGGGGUAGGAGUUGAGGGAAAGGCAGGAUCUCAUGCUGGUGGUAAUUGCUGCCCAAGAGAGCCCACCACUUCAGCAAUACUGAAGGGCUGCAGAGCUGUGCCUGAAAGGUGGGCUGUGGACUGCAAAGGGAAGGCCUUCAGCUGUAUGCAGGAUACGGCACUUACGGUGCCAGGCAACAAUUCAGUGAGGAGUCUAAAUCUGAUGGUGAAUGACCAUGCUGCUCAGGAGGAGUCCUCAGAGAUGCUGAGCAGAGGAAGUCUUAUCCUGUGGGCGAUGUAGAGGGCAUGUGCAGAGAUGACAUGUGAGGUGCUUAAUGAGCACAGCAAGACUUGGAGGGACUGGACGGUGCUUUUUAGAUCUUAGCUUGGGGAUGAACAUCUAACUGCUGCCCAGACCCUGUCUUAGAUACCUCUUUCUAGGUCAGGUCCUGAUCCUAUGCAUGGCUGAGUUACCCAUACAUCACCUGUAGAGUUCUCCAAGCUGCAGCUCAGUGCUUUCACUCCAGGAGCAUAUUUUAGCAGUACUGUUUCUCUGCAUUUAGGAAUUUCACAAAUAAGCCUCAAAUAACACUACCGCUGUGCUGAGUGUGGUUUGUAGAGGUUAUGGGUUCCCUGCUUGUCUUUCACAGAGAUUGCUCACCAUAUAAUAAUCACCUUUGCAUAAUACUUUAAAAAUUGUAAUGGGUUUGGACUGUGCUAGUGCUAUUUUGUUUAGUUUAACAUAUAUCUGUAAUAAAGGACUGCAUUUGUGUUCUGCAUUAUGUCAUUUGAAAUAGCAUGAGCUCUGUAAUGGCUACUUAAUUGAAUAAAAACUAUGGGUAAGCACUAGGCUUUUA